AUGAAAAAAGGAUAGGCACCACCGCCUCAGCCAGAAGUCACCUAAGACAAAGAAGAGGUCAAGGAAGUCCCACAAUCAGGCUACGGUAGAUUUGAAUAUAUCAAUGGCACUCUCUAUGUUGGUAAUUGGAAACUUCACAAUGGAGUGAAGGUCAAACACGGAUUUGGAAAGAUUACAUUCUCAGGUGCAACUGCCUCUGAAUUCGGUAACGAAGAAUACUCAGGAGAUUGGGAGGAAGACCUAAUGCAUGGCUAUGGAGUUUAUAAGUAUACUUCUGGGGCUGUGUACACAGGAUACUGGCACAAGGGAAAGUAGCAUGGCCAAGGUAUAAUGCAGUUUGCAGAUGGAUCAAAGUAUGAAGGUCAAUGGGAAAAUAACUUGAUGCAUGGAGAUGGAUUAUAUACUGAUGCAGAUUAAGUCAGAUGGGAAGGCAUCUUCGUUAAUGGCUCCUAUGAAUCUAAGAUUCAAAAGAAAUUGCAAGGAGAUAAGAUACUUAAAGAGAAGAGAAAGGGCUAUGAAGAGAAAGCGAAAGAAUUCUUCACUAGAUUUAUGGAGGCAUUUUCGAAAUCAGAUAAGAAAACCUUUAAAGAUAAUUUAGCUCCAUUCUUUGCAACUGUAGAUCAUGUUCAGGAAUUCGUAUCUGACCCUUACCCCAAAUUCGAAGAAAAGUAGCCAGAUAAGUGGAAUGAAUGGAUGAAAUUAGUAUUUGGAGAAGGCAAAUGCAAAAUCAAGGCACUAGGAAGCAAAGAGGAGUCGUCGUUAAUUCCUUAAGCAAACAUUCAUGCAGAGUAAUUAAGAGAAAAGCCAGGUGGCCAGUUAGUCGAAGUUAAUCAUAUUGUGGGCGAUAAAAAUUUUGUGUGCGUACUGUGCGAGUUACCCAACGAAAACUGGGUGCUAGUUUACUAUGCAGAGAAAUCAAACUGA